UUACCGUACAACGGCAUUUGUUAAUCUUCAUCAGAACGAAUUUCGAAAUCUGUCGUGCCUCGUUCGUACUUCGCGAUCUUGUCUGGAAAUUGAGUACUGCUGCAAGUAAGUGGAGUACUCCAAUACUGACAGAAUUCCACAAUCUAAAUGUCUGGUCGAGAAGGAGGUAAGAAGAAACCCUUGAAGGCACCAAAGAAGGAAAGCAAAGUUUUGGAUGAUGAGGAUGUAGCCUUUAAACAAAAGCAAAAGGAAGCACAGAAAGCUUUGGCUGAGGCAGCAAAGAAAGCCAGUCAAAAAGGACCUCUGGUCACCGGCGGCAUAAAAAAAUCUGGGAAAAAAUGAUCGUAGUAAUAGAUAAAAUAUGUGAUCUACUGUGCCCAUAAAUGUUCCAAUUGUAACAAUGAUUUUGAACU